AUGUCGGGAGAUUUUGUGCUGAGAGGGACGCCGGAUGUGGACGGGACGAUGAUGCAGGUACCUACUGGCCAUUGCUGGGUCGUGGGCGAUAAUCUCACGUACUCGCGCGACUCGAGGAUCUGGGGUCCCUUGCCCUUGGCUCUGGUCACGGGCAAAGUCAUUGGGUUAUGGACAUGGGGAAGCUGGAUGUAUCGCUGGAAGCGUUUGAAUCAUGGCUUGCAGGAUGCCGUACUCGAUGAGGAUGACGACGAAGUGGACUGA